GGCGGGGACUGCAAUCUCGAUAAGAAAAAGUGGAGAGAAGAAAAAAAAACUCCGAGGUAACAAAAUCUGAUACACACACAUAUAUAUAUAAGAGAAUUCACAUCGCACUCUUGCAAAUACAUCAUCAUCGUCACCUGUCAAUACAAAACUGUACAACCCAAAUUUCCCCUAUCUCGCCAAACCAUAUACCAACAAGCUUAACCCCCCCCCCCCCCUUCCCCCCAAAAAAAAGAAUAAACAUGGCCCCCGCAACAGUCAUGGUCCUCUACCCCCAAACCCCAACCUCGACCUUCAACGAGGAAUACUACCUCGCAACGCACAUGCCCCUCGCCGCAAAGCACUGGACCAAGCACGGCUUAAAAAACUACAAAGUGUCAAAGCUCAAUGCCGACGGCCCUUACGCGUACUCGUCGGUCAUGGAGUGGGAGAGCUACGAGGGGUUCCAGGCUGCGAUAAAGGAUGCAGGAACCAAGGAAAUUAUGGAGGAUGUGCCGAAUUUCAGUAGUGAAAAGGCGGUUUUGGUGCAUGGCAGUGUUAUUGGGGGAUCGGGUUAGGAUCGGGGAGGGGUAAAGACGGAGGGGUAAGCUGCUACUGCUGCUGCUUUUUUCUAGGAGGAGGGGGAAGAGGGGAGGGGCAUGGUUUUUUUGCCCCGCACCGAGGUUCAAUCUUUUGUGGAUUUGCGGGAUAAGAGUUGAAUAUAUCGCCGUUCUGCCUCCAGCGCAUUCUUUGGUCCCCCAAGUUCAAAUAUUCGUUUUAAGAUGUAAAAAAAA